AUGUACGGCGGUGGCUAUGCGGCCCAGUCGCCCCAGAUGAUGACAGCCAUGCUCCAGCAGCAACAGAUGUUUCAGCAGCAGCAACAGCAGCAGCAGAUGAUGCAAUCGUUCGGGCAAACUGGUGUCGCUGCGUACACGCCCCAGCAGCAACAGCAGAUGAUGAUCCAGCAACAGGCCCUCGCGCUGCAACAGCAGCAGCGCGCUCAACAGCAACAGACCGGAUACGGCCAAUCGAAGCCGGCAAUGCAUCGGCCCGCCCUCGCGCCGCCACAGCCCCCCGCUGUGGCGAGACCGCCGGCGAUCGUGGCCAAACCCGCCGUCGAACGCAGCGCGGCGGCGCAUCUCAACAUCAACGGCAUGCUCAGCGACGGCACGCUCAGCAUCAAACCUUUCUCGGUGGAGCACAAUGUCUACUUCCUCAAGCUGGGCGACACGUUCUACCGCGCCGCGCCGCGCAUCCCGCUCGCCAAUCCGUACGAUCCCGAGGGACCCUACAACGGGCUCACGGAGAAGCCCCGCCACGCGGUCGAGUGGAGCGAGAUCCGCGAGAAGCUCGUCGCGGCCGAGACGGAAAGGGGCGGCGGCGACCGAACGGCCGCCGAGACCAAGAUCGAUACGGUGUUCAGGCCGUCGGUCAUCGCGCCCACCGAUCGCGCCAUCUUGCUCAAUCCGCUCGAGACCAUCGUCGCGCACAACGACGAGUAUGCAUCGCCGGCCUCGUGCAUGUCGCGCUGUCUCAUACAGGUCCGGCUCACGCGAUCGCACGGAUGGGGUGGCCAGGUGACCCGCCCAUCGCUCACCAUCACCAACCUCUCGCAUUCGAGCAAGUGCGUCAUCAUCGUGGACCGCCCCAUCGCCACCAUCGGCUUCGUCGCCACGCCCUUCUACGACCCCGGCAACCGCCCGGCCGGUCGCGGCCGCGCCCAGGCCGAAGCCGAGAUCCAGCGCUACAGGACGCUCUGGCAUCCGCUGUUCAUGAUCGACGAUCCGCCGGCCGAACUCCCCGCCGAAGCGCCGCCGCAGUCGCCCCAACAGCAGCAACAGUUUGCCGGCUAUUAUCAGGACGCCACCGGCGUUCCGUAUCCUUACGUUCAAUAA